ACGAGAGAAAGAAAGAGAGGAGGGGAGAAAGGCCGCACGGCGCGUUACGUCGGCGAUGUGUGCGGCCAGGUGAUUCCGCAAGAAACACUCCCCUCUUUCUCUCCCCCCAUCCCUCCAUCUCUCCUUUUCUCGCUCUCUCUCUCUCUCUCUCUCUUGACCGCCGUCGGCUCUCGCUCACUCUCGUUCCGACUCACACCCUCUUUGGCAUAUAACCUCAAACCGUCGGCGAGCUCGUGUCGCGUCGCUCGACGAUCGCCGUGUUUCCCGCGGCUAACCGGGUCCCGAAUGUGCGUGGUGCGGUUCCUGCUGUCGCAGCGGGUGUUAGUGAGUUCUCGGAGUUUCUCACCACAUGCGACUUGACAACGUAAAGAUGCCUUUCUGGGAUGCUUCUUCCCUUCUCAGGCCGUCCCUGACAGGCGCCGUCCUGGUGCCACGUUUUUCGGCGACGCGUAUUGGACCUAAGAGAUGAAGGGUGUGCGUCAUCACCCAGUUUCAGAGGUAGAAUCCGAUGUAUAUGAUGAAAGGGGCUCAUUAGCAUGCUGGAUAAGCGGCGGCUUCAUGCCUCCGGUACGUCGCCAUGCACCCUCAUCUUGUUGGUUGUUUUGGCACUAACUGGAUGCUUCUCGUUUUGGAUUCAUAUCGAUGGUUCAGGAUCACCGAUCCCUUACUCCAGCGGCGGUGUGGCCGCGCCAGGAUAUAUCCUUAUAUUUCCCGGAAACGUCACACCCUCCGCUCAACCGUAUUCUAUAAACGAACUUCCGUCCGAUGAUAAAUCCACGCUAAUCAACAUCACGGACUUUAGGUUCACCAUGAAUCAUAAUCCUUGCAACCGUACGCAGCCGUUGCUGCUAAUGUUAGUUCACUCAGCGCCAGGCAAUUUUCCGAAGAGGCAUGUUGUGCGGGAAACCUGGGGUCAACAAGCGGCGGACGUGACUUUAUUGUUUCUUGUGGGAUACUCGGAGGAGUAUCAAUCCAGGCUCGAGGAGGAGAAUAAGAAAUAUCAAGACUUAAUACAGGGAAACUUUCUUGAUGCCUAUAGGAACAUGACCUACAAGCAUGUUAUGGGAUUAAAGUGGGCUACUUAUUACUGUCCAAGUGCCAAAUAUGUACUUAAAUUAGAUGACGACGUUUUUGUUCAUUUACCGGCCAUGCUGGACUUUCUGGCGCAUGGCCUCUCGCCGUGGGGUGCAAGACGUCUGAUUCUCUGUGAUCUUCUGUCGGCUUCCGCAGUGAAGAGAUCCUGGCGCUCGAAGUGGCGGGUCUCUCCCCAGGAGUAUCCUGGUAGACUUUACCCCGCGUACUGUGCCGGAUGGGCGAUUCUAUAUUCUCCCGAUAGUGUAUUUAUACUGUACCGCGAGGCUCAGAAGGAGCCGUACUUCUGGAUCGACGACGUGCACAUUACCGGGACACUGGCUAGGAAAGUAAAUUUAACGCAAACCUCAUUACACUCUUGGGUGCUUACGGGCGAGAGCAUGCGGGACCUGCUGUCGAAUCCAAGCGCUCGACGGGAUUUUCUGUUCGGGCCUCCGAACCUGUCGGAAAGUGGGAUACGCGCCUUACAUAGCCUGGUUACUAAAUCACGGCCUAGCAGUGAAAGCCUAUCGAAUUAAAAAAAUGUCUAAUAGGAGAAUUUUGUUAUAUUUCGGUCUCCCCGAUGCGAAGACAGGAAACAGAAAGAGAGAGUGCUCUCAUACUUUCCGCGUAUCUUAAUUCUACGGUCGGUAUAUGUAUACAACACACACACAACAGUUCAAUGUAAGUGUUCGAUUAUUUGCACAAUGUACAUACAAACGCCAUGUUACAUACGACAUACGCGCACGUAAUAAUGCGUUACAUUAUAUAUGCAUAUGUGUACAUAGAUAUAUAUAUAAAUAAGGACACAUCCACGCGUCGAAUGCAUAUGCAUGUGUAACAAAUUAUUACGGGAUUACCUGCGAUUGUCCGACUUGAAGGAUUGAAACCGAUAUCACUUCGAUCAACGCAUCUUUCCUACUUCUCUAUCUAUGCCAUAGGUACACGACGAAAGACUUUUUUAUAGCAAUUCUCGCACUUCCAUUGCCAAGAAUAGCGUAUAGGACACACGUACGUGCACCUAUCAGGAUCUCAGCACAAUAACGUCGACGAUAUAAUACCGGUUUCAAUCCCCGUACUUAACAGUAUCACUUACAUACAUACAUAUUUGAACGAUACACUCAGAUAUGUACGAUAGUUUUGUUAUAUCUGAGUGAUUUAUUUAUCAAAGUAAGAUUUCAGCAUCCUUUAUGAUUUAUUUUUUAUUCCUUUGAUUUAUUCUAGAUUGUAAUCGAUUUGUAAUCAGGGCUUGUGAUCAAAUAUUGCUUCAAAUCAAACUGAUUUUUAGAGACGUUAAUGGUAAAUUAAUAUUUUCAGUUUCACGCACUUGAAAUUUUACAAGAAUUUCAGACUUUAUUACUAAGAAGAUAACAAUAUCUAAUUGUUUAUAUUAUAAUUACAGUGUAAAUAUAUUUGUUUGUUUUAUAUAUAGAUUAUAUUAAAGUCUCUAUCAACCAUUUACUAUAUACAUACAUAGGACGCACAUAUAUACGUAUACGCACAUGUAAUUCUAGAUUUCUAUGCGAAGUACAGAGAUCGAAAAGAAUAUUUUGUAUUAUUUUCAAUCAAUGUGAAAAUACUCAUCAUCUAUAGCUAAUGACGUUUUCGUAAAGCAGAGUUCGAAAUAGAGCGAGUUUAUGAAAAUUAAAGAAGGAGAUUAAAACUCAUAAAAAUUGAGUCAUAUGUGAUCUUUAAGGAUCAAAUAAAUAUAUUGCACAAUUUUCGAUUAUACGUAUAGAUAAUAAUUAAUCAGUUUAGUAAACAAUUUAUGAGCCCUGAUUAUAAUCGAGUGAAUUAAAAUUAAAUUAAAUUUGACAAACUAUAUUAUUUAAGUAAUAAAUAAUUUGAGGUAAAAAUAAUUUGAAUAAUCUGAUCUGAUUAAUUUGUAACUAAAAUAUCGACGGAAUAUCAAGCAUUUAUUUAUUUUCUAUUUAUAUUUAAAUGAAAAUGUCAACAAUGUGAGGGGGAUAGUAUUAAUAUGUAAAGGUGACGGAAGGUGUACGUAAAAUUCCCGUAUCUCCUGAUUGAAAAGAUUCGCAGUGAGAGAAAUUUGCGGAGGAACAACUAUGUUACCUUAUUGUAAAUUUACUAAUCGGCGACAAGCAACGGAGGUUUGUCGUGAAGCCACAUUUGUGAAUGUACUUAAAUGUAAUGUAAUAACGAGCAAAUUUAAGAUAUUACAUUGUUACGCAAGAACAUUAACGAGUCGAAUUGUUACGUAGCAACAAGUACAACCCCAAAACAAGGGUCCACUCGCAAUUAGAUACAAAAAGGUCGCAGAUAUUCAUCCGUUUUUGAAUGUCUAUAAAUUGUUUCUUAUGUGAAUCCAUCAGUCAUCACGAUUUUUUAUCCGGUACAUGAAAGUACGUGCCUGCAAAGUAACGUAACGUGUCAAGCAUAAAAUUAUGCUAGCUUUCAGUUAUUGUGAUGAUUUCUUUAAAAUUGAUAGUCGAUGUGAUACUAUCCCGUUACUAUUUCGCAUUAUUGUUUUUUUCUGAAGUACAACGAAUAUGCGUUUAAGGAAUAAAACACGUGGAAUUCCACUUGCCAGUACGACGUUAUAUUCGGAGCCGAAUUUUCUGUUUGAAUAAUAGACGAAACAAAUUUGAACUUUUAUAUCAUUUUAAUGUAUUCGCAAAUUCCGAGAUUGAAUAAAAUAAAAAACAAAAUUUGCAUAAUUAUGUAUAAAGAAAUUGGUGAUUAUUAAUUGUUGAAAUGGCCCACGUAUUAUUCCAUUGGUUGUAAAAUCUUAUUUUUAUCCAUGUACUGAAUUCUUUUUUUUACACAGUAUUAUAUGUUACGUAUUGUUUCGAGAGGUAAGCAUUUCUAUUGCGAUAAUGUGAACUGUGAUCGCAUAAUUACGAUGUAACAUAAUUUUUGUGAUGGAAGAAAUACUUAUAAUUUCAAUAAAUAACGGAUUAUUUAAAUUAUA